UCGUCUACUGAGAAGAGGAACUUCUCUCUCUCUCUCAGUCUCUUUUUCUGUCUCUCUGAAAAAGGAAAAACAAAACCAGUUUUCAUUAAAAGCUCCGAGGCUGUGGUUUUGCUCUGACGCCACCCUUGUCCGCCGUGUGUUUUUUUUUUUCUGCCUUUUGGAUCUCAUCUUUCAAUGGUGUCAGAAUUUUCUGAAUCUGAAUCGCUCUUCCUUUUCUGCAUUUCAAUCUUCUCCUUCAAGCCUCUUCUCUGAUCUCUCCUUAUAUACUGUCCACUGCGUUGUUGUUCUUCUCAAAGUAAACUUGCUUUUAAGUUUUAAGCUUUAAUCGCCGGAAAAAGAAAAGAAUGGAUCAAAGUAUGUUUUGUCCGAUCAAAUAUACUGAGCAUAGAAACGUCGUGAAACAGCUGCUAAAACCCUGCCCCGGCGCCGCCGUAAAACCGGGUAAGUUGCCGGAGGGUCCGAGGACGGUUCGGGUCACGGUGACCGACCCGGACGCGACGGAUUCGUCGAGCGAUGAGGAGGAGGAGUUGUUUGGACGGCAGAGGGUAAAAAGGUAUAUUCACGAGAUACAUAUUGAGCGGGCGGGGAAACUCGGGGUUGACGGUAACGGGAGAAACGGGAAGAAAAAGACGGCGGAGGGGGUUCACGCGCGGCAAAAGGCGGUGAAGAACAAGGAGGUUCCGGUUUCUUCGGGGGCGGUUAGGAAGUUCCGGGGUGUACGGCAACGGCCGUGGGGGAAAUGGGCGGCGGAGAUUAGAGACCCGGCGAGACGGGUCAGGCUUUGGUUGGGGACUUACGAUACGGCGGAAGAAGCCGCCAUGGUUUACGACAAUGCGGCGAUUAAGCUCCGGGGACCGGACGCUUUAACCAACUUUAUAGCCCCGCCGGCGAAAGAUUCGCCGGAGAUUCUCGCCAACGCUACUUCCAACUCCGGCUACGACUCCGCCGAUGAAUCCCGGAAUCUCUCUUCUCCGACGUCGGUUCUCCGGUUCCGGUCUAGCCAAUCCAGUGAGGAAUCCGAGCCGCCGGUUCCUGAUUACAUGGAGACUGAUCAAACCGGGGAGCUUUCUCCGGCAAAGACGGAAUUUUGUCACUAUGCCACUCCGCCGGAAAAUCAAGAAUGCCAUGGCGAAACCACUAUAAUACCCGAUUACACCCACGAGUAUUUGCCCACAGAUAUCCCAUUCAUCGACAACUUCUUCGACUACCAAUCAUUGGAACAGACAUUAUUCGACGAUUCACCGUCGUCGGGUUUUAUCGAAGAUGUCGCCGUUAACCAGUUCGCUAAUGACUUUUUUAGCGACGAUUUCGGGGUGUUUAAUGAUACGAUGUCGUUUGAAGACCUCGCCACAUUGGAUGUUAACGUCGACGAUUAUUUCCAAGACUGCGGCGACUUUUCCGGCGUCGAUGCCGUUCUAGCAGUAUAAUGAUGAUGUCCCUGCUUCAGUGUUUCUCUCCUUUAUGUCCAUCGCUGCCGCCGGCUUGCCAUUUUUUCGGCAAAUUUUGUUCACCGGCGGCGACAAGAAAUCGGCUAGCGUAUUGUCUCAUAUUUUCUCUCGUGUUGUGAUCACCGUUAAAAUAGACGGAGGUUUUAAGUUGUAUUGUAAUAAGUAAACAAAUAGUAGAUGAUGGGUUUUUGUAAUGCCAAACGGUUUCCGUAAUCAAAGUUACACCAAAUUCUAUUCCGUUAUUA